UCAGAGUGAAACAACAUAAACCCUUUAAACCCUAACACCGAGUUCGUGUAAUUUUGUUAACCCUUCUCUUUUCAUCAUCUUCCGCAGCAAACACCACCCAGAGGCGAAGAUGGUAGGAGACAGGUCAAAGAAGUUGAAACUUUCCGAGAAUCCUGAAGAUGUUGACGGCGAACUCAUCCUCUCCAUCGAGAAGUUGCAAGAGAUCCAAGACAGCCUCGAGAAGAUCAAUGAUGAAGCAAGUGAUAAGGUCCUUGAAAUUGAGCAGAAGUACAAUGAGAUAAGGAAACCGGUUUAUGAUAAGCGGAAUGAGAUCAUCAAAUCUAUUCCUGACUUCUGGUUGAAUGCUUUUUUGAGUCAUCCUACCCUUAGCGAACUUCUUAACGAGGAAGAUCAAAAGAUAUUCAAGUAUUUGAGUUCUCUUGAGGUUGAAGAUAAUAAAGAUGUAAAAUCUGGAUACACAAUCACCCUUAAUUUCAAUUCAAAUCCCUAUUUUGAAGAUUCAAAACUUUCAAAGACUUUUACCUUCCUUGAAGAAGGAACAACAAAUAUCACUGCUACCCCCAUAAGAUGGAAAGAGGGCAAGGGAAUACCCAAUGGUGUCGAUCAUGAGAAGAAUGGGAACAAACGUGCUCCUGUUGAUGUCAGUUUCCUUAGUUGGUUUUGUGACUGUGAGCAGAAAGAUGAUGAUCUGCUUGACAUUCAUGAUGAGGUUGCAGAAUUAAUCAAGGAUGAUUUAUGGUCAAAUCCACUUAUUUAUUUCAACAACGAGGAGCUUGAUGAAGAGCAUGGCGAUGAUGAAGCUGAUGAUGAGGUAAUUGAAGUUCCAUUUUUCUUGGAAAAAAUAGAGGAGAAAGAUGAGGAGGAGGACUCUGAAGAAGAUGACGAUGAGGGUGACGACGAGGAAGGCAAUUAGAAAUGCGUUAUGUUGGGUGUGACCUGUCUAUUUAUUUUUUCUGGUUUGAGUAUGUAUUAGGCUUUUGGGCCUGCAGACAGACCUUGGCCUUUCUUUCAGGGCAUUAAUUCAUGUCUGCAAGUGAAGCUACACAGGCUAGUAGUUAUUGGUUCUCUGACCAUAAUUUAUUGAUUACCCUGUCAAGUUAUUUCUUCUAGUUUCAUCCAUCGUGCACUUUUAGUGAUAUACUUAUACACAUGGUAUAUUAGCUUUCUCUCUUGAA